ACUGUGACACUAAACACGGCGAGGCCCAUAUUACCACAGCAACAACAACAGCGAAGAAAAAUCAGCGCAGGUAAGCUACUGGUUAUAGUUUUGACCUCCCGCAUGCUCCUUCGCGAACGUUUCUUGCUACAAAGGAGACUAGUGAGUCGUAAAAACUGGUUGUUGUCUUGAAUUCCUGCUUCCUUCAGCUACUUAGAGAAAAGAAGGGUGGUGCUGUAAGGAACAGGUGGGGGGAGGAGAGGGGCACGGAAUUAAAAGAAUAUUUUCUCCCAUUUUACCAACUGAGUCAACAAGGAGAAUUUGCUGGCUUUUAAAAGCUGAAGUUUUUGUUUUUAUUUGUUAGCAACCGGAUCUUCACCAACUGUCAUAGCCGCUCUAACAUCAACUGUAAAUCGCACCACAACAAACCUCCAACCUCUGGUACCAAUCGGAAUACAGCUCCAACAGCCUCGUUCCAAGUUUGAAUGGUUCAGUUCCCACAACAAAGUGGCCCCGCCCAGAUUCAACAGACCAUUGUACAAUCACCAAGAGGUGCUACUACACCGGUUCAGAUUCACACUCAACAGGCUCAAGUCGUUCAAGGCCUACAACAGGUUUGUCAACGGACAAUAGGACUGCUAACGUAGAACGGUCGAUACCUUCAUUCUUCAGUAGAAUGAAUCAAAGAAGAGAACUCAUCUUGUGAAAUACUUACAGACUUAGCCGCUCAGUCGUAUACCCUUAUUUCCCAACCCCCCGUAACUUCUCGAACCCUCGCUUUCUUGAACAGAACCUUUCAAUAUGUCAGUCGAACCUAGACUAACUUCACUUUUCCAGACAAACACUUAAUUUGUCCCCCUCCUCAACCCCGUUUUUCCAAUCUCUCGAGGAUUUAAACCAAUUUCCUUUUCCCUAUGAGGUUCAAAAUGAACAGGAUUCCAUGAAAUCUGAUGUAACCUUCAGACUCUAAAUAAUUAUCAGAUCUUAGAGAUGUGCUUAAAAGUAGCGUUUUUGAAUCGUCAUUACCGUAGGUUUUCCUCUAUGUAUUCAAGGAACAAAGCCAGCCAGCAGGUUACAAGCUUCACAUUAACCUACGAUCAGGCUUUUUUCUUUUCGGGGGAGAAGGACCGCCUGAUCGCAAGUUAGGUUCACAACACCAAAACCUACUCAACCCAGCGAACUUUACUACAAUCAAAGACAAAAGUAGUUGGGAAGGCUGUACAACUUAACAGUAGUCCAUUUUAAUCCUGAAAAAAGAGAGUUUUCUCUUUUGCUAAAUAUCCCCCGUCCCCCCUGUUCAAUGUUGGGAUAUAACAGAACAAUUACGCGCACAAACAUUAACGUUUUGAUCAACAUUGGGCCAGGGGCGGGGGGAGGAAGGAAAAGAAGAGGUAAAAAAGGCAACCUUCCCAACACUUUUGACGAUGAUUUUAGCUUUGGUAUGGAAAUACUAGUCUGUUCUCCAGACCGUAGCAAAUAAAUCCGCCGCGCUCGGCUAUUUCUAAAGAGAAAGUCUGUGACUAGACUUGUAAUUACUUGUUUUGAUGACUCGCCAUAAUAAACCUUUUGUAACCUUUGAAAACCCUUCUUUUGGUAUGCAUCGAGUAAUUGUCCUCUAAAAUGCUAAGUUGGAAAGUUUUCCUUUUCCGCCAAAUUUCUGCAGGGGUUUGUAAAAAUCAGACUGAAUCACACUAAAGGGGAUAAUUUUACUGAUGUGUAUCUUUUUUUCCGGCACUUUUACAGAUUCAAGGGAAACCCUUAG